UCGCUUUGGGUGCGAGAGGUCCCGAGUUCGAUUCUCGGAACGCCCCUUAAUUUAUAUUUUUGCUCACUGUAUCUGGAGAUUUCGACACUGCACAUUUUCUUUUUAGGUAAAACCUCUAAAGCCCCAAGAACUAAGAACGCAAAAUUUAAUGAAACUAGAAUCCACCUUCUCCUUUUCAUCUCUGUUCGUACUUUAACCUAAUCUGAACUCUUUGAAAUUAAGGAUGGUGUUUGGGCAAGUGGUAAUAGGUCCGCCUGGAUCAGGAAAAACCACUUAUUGUAACGGCAUGUCUCAGUUUCUUAGUCUCAUCGGAAGGAAAGUUGCUGUGAUCAAUUUGGAUCCUGCAAAUGAUUCUUUACCGUAUGAUUGUGCUGUGAAUAUUGAGGAUCUUAUUAAAUUAAGUGAUGUAAUGGUGGAGCAUUCUCUUGGUCCUAAUGGAGGUCUUAUAUAUUGCAUGGAUUAUUUGGAGAAGAACAUUGACUGGUUGCAAUCUAAAUUGGAACCUUUGUUGAAAGAUCACUACCUACUUUUUGAUUUUCCUGGUCAAGUGGAAUUAUUUUUCCUCCACUCAAAUGCCAAGAAUGUUAUAAUGAAACUCAUUAAGAAGUUAAAUCUCAGGUUGACUGCUGUGCAUUUAGUUGAUGCCCAUUUAUGCAGUGACCCUGCGAAGUAUGUUAGUGCACUGCUUCUUUCAUUAUCAACUAUGCUUCAUUUAGAACUCCCACAUAUCAAUGUUUUAUCUAAGAUUGAUCUAAUUGAAAGCUAUGGAAAACUAGCGUUUAACCUUGAUUUUUUCACGGAUGUGCAAGACUUAUCGUAUUUGCAGCACCAUCUUGAUCAGGAUCCUCGUUCUGCUAAGUACAGAAAGCUUACAAAGGAGCUGUGCGAGGUGAUAGAAGAUUACAGUCUUGUUGAUUUUACGACCUUAGAUAUCCAGGACAAAGAGAGUGUAGGAAAUUUAGUGAAAUUGAUAGACAAGACCAAUGGGUAUAUAUUUGCUGGUGUAGAAGCCAGUGCAGUCGAAUUCAGCAAGCUCGCAGUUCGUCCUGUCGAUUGGGAUUACUACAGAGCUGCAGCAGUGCAAGAGAAGUAUAUGAAAGAUGAUGAAAAUUUUGAUCAUGACAUUUCAUAAACCUAAUUAGUUGAGGACUUUUAAUGCAGGAGUGUGUCUGUUAUUGUAUUAAACCGGUCAGCUAGAUCGUGUCGCUUACCUGUAAAAGAUACGGAGAACACUGAUCAAAGGAGUUCACUUCUUUCCUCCACUUGCCUUCCUGAAGAAUAUGUAUAAUCUCAAAGCAGGGAAUUCAUCUUUUUGUAGGUUGUAAAGUUAGAAUUUUCAAUUUAGGAAUACUGGUUUAAUGCCGGCAAUUUCGAUUUAUUUGUUUUUGCCAACAUUGUUUAGAAUACGAGUUCUAGAUACUUGAAUGAAGACAUUUGGUUCUGUUCUA